AUGCCGCCGCCUAAGCCAAUUACGGUGCAGCUGCGACCGUCGCUUGCACUCUCCGCCGCGCUUUGGCUUACUGCAUUCGUCUCUUGCCAUGCCGCGCAACCGGUGAUCAACGCUACUCAAGCGGUGUUUCUCAACGACUGCCAGAAGGCAUGGGAGACUUUCCCAGGCUGGGCCAUGGGUGCUACCUGUGGCAAUGUUGGGGUCAAAUGGGACGCUUCAGGCAUGAUCACCUCAAUAUAUUUGCCGGAUACAACUCUUGGUGGGUCUAUCCCUAACAGCAUUUCCUCUCUCACUUCACUCACAGAACUCAAUGUGACAGGGAAUCAGCUCACCGGGUCCAUUCCUGCUGCAAUUGGAAAGCUCACCAAUCUGACCCAUCUAUCUGUCAGAAGGAACGCGUUGAAUGGUCCCAUUCCUGACAGCAUC